GAUAACACGGCUGACACGUACUGUGCGAGGUCUGCAUUAAAAGUACCAGAAUUCCUCUUACGAUAUGAGGCUGACUCGGGAGUGAUUUUCCCCUCCCCCGCCUAGCCGGGGCGUAUUUUCAGCUCUCAUGUCAUAGGACAGCUUAUGGGAUGUCAGCCAUCCUCUCAAAAACAACUCAUCGUAGUACGAUCUUACAUCUCCAGAUCCAUCAACUACCAACACCUAUGAGCCUCAUUGCACAUAACAGUAUGGAACAGCUGAGAUCGCUCUACAAAAGGCGUCGUGGGCCUUAUCCUAUAAAAGCACCACGGGGAUUCUCGGCCAGUACUACUCGCAUUCGCAAGCCUCUCACAUGCCGCAAUAACAAACGUGUAAUUGAAGUUCUCCUCGUCCAUUGCUCAUUAGACUCUACGCUGCUUCCUUGUCUAGACAUAGCCGACAAGAUUCUUCAGGGGUUUUCAUUGCCCUACCGCUUGACAGAAGUCAGCUUUAAUCAGAGAGAGGCAUACCAAGACGGGAGAGCCUCAUUUGAUGAAACGGUUGCCCAACUACAGGGCUUCAUAGAGUCUCCCCGGUCACGGAAAUCUCGAAAAAACGGACCACCUUAUCUCAUGAUUCUUGCAGACGCUCCAGGAUCAGACUUAAUGAAGGGGGUCUCAAUAAACUGCUAUUCUGGAAUUCCAACCAACACCAAACUCAUUCUACUUUUUCAAGAGAGCGAACAGACAACCGCAGGUCACUCCAUCGAUGGGCAUACAUGGCAUCAAAUCAAUGAACGAAUCAAAAAUAUUCAUUACGUCUUUGAUGCUAUGAUUCUCAAGCGCAGUAGCCCUGAGUUGAACCCCAUGGUCUGGACAAUAAGACGCCAGCGAGGCUUUGUUGACGAUGAAUCCCUGAACCAUGAGUUACUUCGCCUGCUGCGAGGGCCCUUCGAAAUGGCUAUUCAGCGCUUAUAUGAUGCCUUGAGCAUACCCUUCGCCUUACAAUUUCCACGGGUAGGAUCUACAUCAUCUACAACAUACCUUACACAAGCAAAGCGAUAUGAAGAUGUCCUUGAGGCAUCGAUACAUUUAGACGCAUCAGUAUUUAAAUCGAGAGCCGAGAAGAAAACAGGGUUGCAAAAUGUUGAAUUCGCGUCCAAUAUGCCAAAAGAGAGUUCAGGCAAGACUAGAUGGGAGGAUUUAAGGGACCAAGCUGAGUCGCGCCUCGAAAGCGGAGACAACAAACACGCCCUCGCAAUGUUCCAAGAAUGCCUAAGAAUGAAGAUUCCAUACAAUACAGCUGUUUGGGAAAUCAAAUCGGGUCUGGCCUUCGCUCGUAUGAUGCUUGGACAAUAUGUCCAAGCAGAGUACGAUCUGCACCAGUUGCGAGAUGACCUCAGUCGGUUUGACCCCCAAUUCCUGGAACCAGCCAUAACCAACACUCACGGGGCCAUCUUACUUAACCAUGCUCUUGCGCUGUCUCGACUUGGUAAGUAUGGCGAAAUGAAGGGGUGUUUAAAAAAGAUAUUACUCCCUAACGAGUAUGCGUCACUGCCUUCACAGCAACCCAAGGAGAAUUUAAAACAUUGCAAGCUUUCGGCCUCUGUUUGUCGACUUCGAGCACUGGCAAUCACGCACCAGGGAUAUUUUUAUUCCCCUACGGUAAGAGAGGAGCUGAAUGCUGCGGACAAAUGGUGGGAGAAGCUCGACAAUAUGAAGACUGAGAAACCCGACGAAGUUAAGACUUCGGAUGAAUGGUGCGAGAAGCUGGUAUAUAUUCAGUCAUCUGAGGGUAUCAGGAUCUCCAAUGUUCUCAACAAAGCUCGAAUUAACGUUCUUCGAGGAUCCUACCGUCAGGCACUGUCAGCUCUACUACCAGCCUUGAGCGACGCAAUAGUCAAGAUAGGAGAGACUAAUCUCCUAACAAUCGAAGUUGCACUACUCAGUUCCUUUAUUCAAGUUGAGACGGGGCAAGUGUGUCAAGGGAGGAUUUCGUGUGAGCGAUGCGCCGAUGUGAUAGAGGAAGCCUUUGGAAAUGAGCAUCCUCUGGCACUAGAGGCAGAUUACAUAUUGAUUUCUGCGUCACAGCAAGAAGGAAUGUUGACACUGGCACUGGACGACUCUGCCUCUUUAUGUCGACGUGCCGAGUCCAGCGUUGACUUGGGCCACAAUCACCCUUCGGCUCUCAAAUACAAGAGCCAGCUUGGGGUGCUACAUAUCGAAUGCGGCAAUUAUUUGACCGCUAAGGACAUUCUAACCAAAGUCGAAAAAGAUGGAGUAAAUCUCUGGGGAUCCGAACACCCUGAGGUGUUGAGAGUCCGAUCUCAGCUUGCUCUGGCUCAGUAUCACUUAGGAGAGCUUGAAAGCGCCGAAACCAACAUUUUUGCUGCACUGUACCGCCAGCUUCAAACAUAUCUACGCUUUCAAAACGAUAAGCUUUGGCCGAUGAAUGAUUCAAACUACGGUAUUAGAUCCUUCCUGAGGAAGACUCCGUUGUUACAGGGCAUUGGAGAUGCCUUCGCCGCAUCGGGCUCGGGAACCGCAACUCAUCCCGAUAUCCUGUACACUUUGUUUACAUGUGGGAAGAUCCUCACAAGGCAGCCUCAUUCGGAUCUAGACCUAGCGCUGAGGAUCUUGGGGCUGGUACGUGACGCAGGAAAGAAAAACCUGGGACGUUUCCACCCAUUGCCUCUACUGACUUGUCUGUCCAUCGGAGAAAUCCACUCAACAAGAGGAAUGAUGAAAGCAGAUGAUAUAGAACGCCGGGACCUUUACAGAAAGGCCAUUUCGUGUUUCAAUACUGUGAUUGAUCACGGGACUGCAUCGUCGGGCUCUACCAAAACAGCUGGCAAGGAAAAGGCAGAUCAACCUGACCUCUCCGUGCCUCUAGAUAGUGACCAUCCUAUCAUUCUGCAUGCGAGGCAAGAGUCUAUACUAACAAAGCUACUUGCUUCCGAAUUCGAAGAUGGCACGACAGAUACUCUGGACUACAGCGACAAGCUCGACGUCAUCGUGGCCGCUCAGCAGAGUCGUCCGGGCCGCAGUCAUCGUCAGACGGUCAAGACCUUGAUUACAAUCUUGACUCUUGAGUUAUGUCUCGAAAAGCCUUCCAUUGAGACUGUGAUUGAAAUAAAAGAUGAGAUCCUGUGGAUCAUCCAGAAAACGGAUGCCGAGCACGAAAGACUUUUGGAAUGUUUGCUGUUGCGGGAAAGGUUAGCGGGAAUUCUGACAAGUCGCCAAGAAUUAUUGGGAAAGGAUUACAAUCAUUUAUUGGGAUGUAUUAAGGAGCAGAUAAGGGAGGGUGAAGUAAUGGAAGAUGUGUCACUGAAAGAGGCUGUAGGAAGGGCCAAGGAACGGAUGUCUCCCAUGUUGCGCCGUCAUAAUUAGAGUCGGGAGCCUUAUUUACUAAUGUUAUGAAGAUCUUUGCUUAGAUUCUAUCAUUUUUCUGUUGUCUGAUUUAUCUUCAUACCGGGUCCUCUUCACGGACUAUUCGGUGUUGAGCAAGCUCAGGAAUUGAGAAGGUGAAUAUGUCGUAAUAUACAUGACUCGAAAGGGGACUGUAGUGGCUUGAUCUGUUAGGUGAUAAAUGUACCAGUAAUUGGGAGUUGAUGGUGUUUUUCUUAUCGAGUUUUCGCGAAAGAACCGCGCACAGCCAGC